AUGAAUCCAAAUUUCGUCUUAAAUCUUGAUGAUUCUCAAGAUUAUCAAAACUUUCAAAGUUAUGAAACCUCACAGUUUUUCGCAAAUCCCAAUCAAUUUCCCAUCACUGAAAAUGUUCAAACCUCACAAAAUACUGGAAAAAAUCCAAGAGGUGAUAAAUGGGAUGUUGAUGAAGAUAUCGCUUUAAUGUCAGCAUAUUGUAUCGUUAGUGAAGAUGAGAGACGUGGAAAAAACCAAAAGAAAACAUCAAUAUGGGCACAAGUGAAGGAGCUAUAUGAUGCAAAUCAGGCGGAAAACCCAAGAAAGAUUGGUAACAGGAACAUAGCUCAAAUGAAAGGUCGUUAUAAACGACUUAAUGAAAGUGCCGGCAAAUGGGUUGGUGUUUACCGAGAAGCAUAUAGAAAAAGAAGAAGUGGAAUGAGUAUGAAAGAUGUUGAGAACGAAGCUCAUAAAUUGUAUGAGACAAGUGGAAGCAAGUUCAAUGACACAAUUGUUUUUAAUGAGGUUAUGUGUAAACAUCGAAAAAGGGAUUUACUUGUGGAAGGUGCCAUUUCAUGCUUUCGUGAAGAGUACCUUAGAAGUCCCAAUAGAGAUGAUUUGGCACGACUGCUCCAUGUUGGAGAAGAACGUGGAUUUCCAGUUUUAUCUCCAUUACCCUUCCAGCUUGCCCUUGAACCGAUAGUCGGUGAGGAAGAAGAUGAUGUAGUGGUUAGUGUGAUCUACAAAGUGGAUGGACGGAAGGUGUUUCCGAGGGAGCAAUUUAAGCAGCAACAGUCGUGCAGGGGAGGGCUUUCGGUAGUGGUGCUCGAACGGAGGAGGUGA